UGAGAAAUACACCCAAACAACUUGUCACAUUUGACUUUAACAGUUUCUACUACUUGUGUGACUUCAUUGAGUCGCCUUUGUAUGCAGGACUUCCUCAAUUUAAAAAACUUUACAGAAGAAUCGUCUGGAGGUACGGCAGACAGAAUGUCUGCCGUUAUGAACGUUCUCCUUGUGUACUUCCUGCUUCACAGUGUCCACUGUAAUGUCUUUAGUGUCUCUCUGCCACAACAACUGGAGGCUGUGCGUGGAUCCUGUUUGACAAUACCCUGCUCCUUUACAAUAGACAAUACGUAUAGUACAAACCUGAACAGUGGAUGUAGAUCAGAAUGGAGAGAUGUCAGCAAUGAACAGACAAAAAUACAAUUCACAAAGACCAACAACAGGAGACUUAACCCAGAAGAACUGCACCACAACAGUGUAUAACAUCACUGAGGACCAGGGGAAAGAAGUUUACUUUAGACUGGACUGUGGCAAACCUCUAAUAUGGACAUUUAAAGAUAAAACAAUUAAUAUUAUAGUGAAUGAAGCUCCGCCCACCCCUACACUGACUCUGCCCUCUGUGAGUGUGAGUGAGGGGCAGUCAGUGAGUGUGCAGUGCUCUGUUCCUGUCCCGUGUCUGUCUCUCCCUCCCACUCUGACAUGGAGCCCUGUCCUGGGGGACAUUCAGGAGACUCUGCAGGAGCAACCGGACAAGACAUAUGUCAAAGUGUCCACUCUCACCUUCACUGCUUCUGACUAUAAGACAAGCCUGUCAUGCUCUGCAGUCUACAGCAGGGGAGAUGGGACUGUUUCAAGUUCUAGUGCAACAGCUCAGAUCACAUGUGACCUCUGUCCUAAGUUCAAGGUUUUUCUGCCACAAACAUAAAGGCUCUGCGAGGAUCCUGUGUGACAAUUCCCUGUUCAUUUCAAAUCCAGAACAAACAUGAAACCAAUUUGAACAGUGGAUGUAGAGCUUUAUGGCAAGAUACCAAUGGCAAUGCACUUCCAAAUACAAGACAGGAAACUGGAGAUUUAACUCAGAAAAACUGCACCACAACAUUUAAUAACAUUGGUCCACAUCACAGUAAAACACAUUUCUUCAGAGUGGAAUGUGAAAAUCCACUGAAAUAUACAUUUAAAGAGGCAGGAGUGACCAUACAAGUCAUAGAAGCCCCGCCCACCCCUACACUGACUCCGCCCUCUGUGAGUGUGAGUGAGGGGCAGUCAGUGAGUGUGCAGUGCUCUGUUCCUGUCCUGUGUCUGUCUCUCCCUCCCACUCUGACAUGGAGCCCUGUCCUGGGGGACAUUCAGGAGACUCUGCAGGAGCAACCGGACAAGACAUAUGUCAAAGUGUCCACUCUCACCUUCACUGCUUCUCACCUCCACCAUAAGAAAAACAUAACAUGCUCUGCAGACUACAGCAAAGAAGACAGCUCUCUGUCACAGACGACAGUGCAGAUGAUUCCUUUUGUCACAUAUAAACCAAGAAACACCAGAGUGACAGUGAGUCCCUCUGGUCCUAUGACAGAACACAGUAAUUUGUCAGUGAGCUGCAGCAGUGAUGCCAACCCAGCUGUACAGCACUACCACUGGUAUAAAACUGAUGGAGAAACUCACACUCUGAUCGGAAACUCAUCUGUUUUAAACAUGAAAGCCUCCAGAGAUACUACUGCUAUUUUCUGUCAGGCUCAGAAUGAAUUUGGGAUUGAGAAUUCCACAACCUUUAAGAUGGAUAUACAAUGUAAGUACUUUUCUUUUCCCUCAUUUAGUUGUUGUUUCAUACUUACAGUUUUAAAAGUCUUGUUCUUCAGAAUGUGUUUACUUAAUUUGUUUUCACAGAUCCACCUGAAAAUACUAAAAUGACAGUCACCCCUUCUGGUCCUGUGACAGAACACAGUAAUAUUGUGUUAAACUGCAGCAGUGACGCCAACCCAAGUGUCUUCCUCUGGUAUAAAACUGAUGGAAGAAACUCACACUCUGAUCGGAAACUCAUCUAUUUUAAACAUGAAAGCCUCCAGAGAAACUACUGCUAUUUUCUGUCAGGCUAAAAAUGAACUUGGGACUGAGAACUCUACUGUCACUGAGCUGGAUGUACAGUUCCCUCCACAGAUUGUGAGCUCUUCAAACUGCACUAUAGACUCAGACCAAAUGAGGUGUGUGUGUGAGACUGAGGGGAACCCCAUUCCCCUGAUACAGUGGAGUUUUCCAGGACUCUCUCCAAACAUCUCCAUCAUCAGUGAGCAUCUUAGGGACAAAGCUCUAAGAAGUGUCCUCACUGUUAUUAAACCUCAGUGGAGAGAUCCAGUCACUUUGAUCUGUCACAGCAGCAACUCUAUGGGAUUUCACAGACAAAGAUUUAAUGUUCCUCCAUUUAAACAUGAAAAUAUCAUUCAAGAACAAGAGGACGUGUUGAUUCUAGUCUUCAUUGCUAUCAGAGUUGUGAGCCUGCUGGUGUUCCCAUGUGCAUUCUUGUCUAUUAUGAGGAGUCUCCACACUCCUCAUGAUCAUCCCCAGCCGACAGACAUGGUGAUGAUGGAGCAACUACCAGUGUCAAAUCAGGUGCAGACACUUGGCUUGGAUGAGGAUUAUAUAAACUAGGAUGGAGCAAAAGUGGAUAUAAUAGGCCAAUAAAACCACUGUAUUGCAAACUAACUGAGAUGAGACAGAUCUUUAAAUUGUAUACUUUAUGUACUAUGUUGUCUAAGUCUCAGAUUAAUAUUUGUACUGACUUUUAAUGGCCUUUCUGGAUAUUUACUUAUAUUUAUAUAUUUGCUCUUUUCAUACAGUUUCUGCAAUUCUUAAUUCACUGUACCUUCAUUGCUACUUAUGUAAUCAGUAAUGGACUUAAUGUAGUUUGUGUGUUAACAUGUGUGCUUCAGCUUGUCAUAUUUACAGUUUUAUAUAAAUGCAUAUGUACAAGUAAUUACAUUGUAUAAAAGUA